AUGCAUCUCCUAAUCAUGCUGUUGGUGACUUUAUUGAUUAUGCAAGGGUUGAGUAUAAAUUUACUCCCUUGCACCGAACACAUCACUGCCGCAGAAAUUCAAAUAGCUAGAGACAUUUUAGAAGAAUCAACACCACCAGGGUAUCGCCUAGAAAAUUUGUUUUCGGAGGUUACCACAGGACGAAAUCCACAUCGAUGGACUGGCGAAUUUAGUAGGAACGAUAAUCUCUAUAACUGUGGCUGCGUGUUUUUGACUUCCGUAAAAAAGGAUUUUAAAAGAACGUACCCGGCCGGAAGCGAAAUUAGAGUGCUACGAAUAAGAACUGGCAAUAAUCCACGGAUUUUAGUGGAGUUUUUGGUAAACUGUUACUGCACGAACAUUCCUCAACGUAAAAAGCGAAGUGUUUGGUCAUCUUCUACACCAUGCCGCUGGUCAGGAUACACAACGGAAAAGGCAGUUUGUUCCUAA